UGGCCGGGCACCUAUAGGUGUCCGCGGGCCCUCAGCCGCCGCACUCACGGCGGGAGCUUCCUAGGCCGAUUGGGCUCUGCGCAUUCAGCCACCGAGUCCGACCCUCCGCGCGGCCCGCGCUGUCCUGCUCGUCCUCGCCACCCGGCACGCACAGCCCGGCCCCAGUAUGACGGACCAGGCGGCCUUCGACACGAAUAUCGUCACCCUGACCCGCUUCGUCAUGGAGGAGGGCAGGAAGGCCCGCGGCACCGGCGAGAUGACCCAGCUGCUCAACGCGCUCUGCACCGCGGUCAAAGCCAUCUCCACGGCCGUGCGCAAGGCGGGCAUCGCGCACCUCUAUGGAAUUGCUGGCUCUACCAACGUGACGGGUGACCAAGUGAAGAAGCUGGACGUCCUCUCCAAUGACAUGGUCAUUAACGUGUUGCGGGCAUCCUUUGCGACCUGCGUCCUGGUGUCAGAAGAAGAUAAACACGCCAUAAUUAUAGAACCUGACAAAAGGGGUAAAUAUGUGGUCUGUUUUGACCCCCUUGAUGGAUCCUCCAACAUCGAUUGCCUUGUGUCCAUUGGAACCAUUUUUGGCAUCUACAGAAAGAACUCUACCGACGAGCCUUCUGAGAAGGACGCCCUGCAGCCGGGCCGGAACCUGGUGGCGGCUGGCUAUGCCCUCUAUGGCAGUGCCACCAUGCUGGUGCUGGCCAUGGCCUGUGGGGUCAACUGCUUCAUGCUGGACCCGGCCAUUGGAGAGUUCAUUUUGGUGGACAAGGAUGUGAAGAUCAAAAAGAAAGGGAACAUCUACAGCCUCAAUGAGGGCUACGCCAAGGACUUCGACCCUGCGGUCACUGAGUAUGUGCAGAGGAAGAAGUUCCCCCCGGAUAACUCAGCCCCCUACGGCUCCAGGUAUGUGGGCUCCAUGGUGGCUGAUGUCCACCGCACCCUGGUCUACGGAGGGAUCUUUCUGUACCCGGCUAACAAGAAGAGCCCCAAAGGGAAGUUGAGACUACUGUACGAAUGUAACCCAAUGGCCUACGUCAUCGAGAAGGCGGGAGGAUUGGCUACCACUGGGAAGGAAGCUAUACUGGACAUCGUUCCCACUGACAUCCACCAGAGGGCGCCAGUCAUCUUGGGGUCCCCGGAAGACGUGACUGAGUUCUUGGAGAUAUAUAAGAAGCAUGCUGCCAAAUGAAGAGCUGACCUUGCCCGCCCCCUGCACCGCCCCCCCACCCCCCGCCCAAAAUAUUGCCUUUUAUCUGGACUUUUAUCUGACACGGCGCUACUCCAUUCUGACUGCAUUAUACAUUCCUAGGCAGCAGAAAUAGAAAGCACAGAUAUCUUCACCAUCAAGUUCUGUGUAAUGCCUGGUGCUGCCUAACCAAAAUGCUAUCUAUAUAACGCUACUGAUGAUCAAGAUAUAUUUUGAAUAGAUAGAGGAGAAAUAAACCUAUUUUUCCUUUUUCUAAAAA